AUGGUCGAGCUUGGCCUGCGCAACGAGAACAGACGGACUGUCUUUGCCCUCAUCAUCAUCAACAAGGCCGGUGGCUUAGUCUACAAUAAGACCUUCCACGACGGCGGUCUGCACAAGAUUAGUACAAACGAUUACCUGGUCCUGGCCGGUACUUUUCACGGGUUCGUCUCCCACAUUUUGAUUUCUGCCAAUGCUCUUAUUUCUCCCCCUUGGAGAGAGUCUCUUGAGGGUUUCGCUGCUCACAUACACAGUGUCCACGCCAUCACCGCCAGACUCAACCCCAUUAAGCCCAUCACCCCCCAUCCCGGCACCAACGGCGUGGCAAUCCGCCCAGAGCCCUCUUCGGGCCUGGAGGUGCUGGAAACAGAAAACUUUCGAUUGCAGUGCUUCAACACCAUGACGGGGACCAAGUUCCUCUUGUUUACGGAUUCUACGCAGGCAAAUGUGGAUGUUACGAUUAGGAGGAUAUACGACUUGUAUUCGGACUAUAGGUCCGUCAAGGAAUGGUGUGUUCCGUCCCCUCCAUUGCAACGAUUUCAUAACCCUGCACUGCUACUUGUACGCGUCGCCAAAGUCCAGUCCUAA